UACAAAAUUGAUCCAAAAAAUAAAUGACUAUUUAAGAAAUAAAAAAAUUACCCUGGUUUUUGGUACUAACUUGUUAUUAAAAUCUACUAUAUUUUAUUAUAAUUUAAUUUUUUUUCCAAGUAAUAAACAUUCUACUAAUGUCCAAAUCGAUUUAAAAGGUUGUGUAAGCUAGUUGUCAUGAACAUCCGCAACCAAUUGGCCGGGGGGGCAGACAGGUUAAUUCCAAAAUGGUGGUCGUUUGUUGUGCUUUCGAGUGUAGUGAUUUGUAAAAUUAUUUAAUUUUCAGAUGCACACAGUCUUUUAAACCAAUGGUCAAUUCCAAUUAGAUUGGAAUUAUGGAUGAAAAGGAGCCUAUAUCUGAAAAUUCGAAUGAGGCUGGCACUGAAGCUCCUGACUACAUAGCGGCAGAUGAUAAGCCUAGCGAUGUAGAUACAAUGCUGAGAUCGCCUAGCGAUAAGGCGGAAAAUGAGGAAACUGGUGAUAGUCAUGUAAAAAGUGAUAGGGAAUUGAAUAUAAAUAAUAGUAAAACAGAAAACAGUGAAGUUAGAGACAGUGAACUCCAAAACCAUGUAGACCUUGCAAGUGAUAGUGAUAAUGUUAAAGAAGUGAGUGAGUUAAACCAAGCCAAGACAGAGGAUACAGAGUCUGAGCAGGAUAGUCAAGGAGAGCCCAAAGACUAUGAUAAAUCUCAUGAAGAAAAGGAAUCUGAUGGGACUGUAGAUAAGCAAGAAACAAAUACAGAAGAUAUAGAGGAUAAGUUAAAAGAAGAGUCAAACAGUCAAGAUGGAAUUAGUCAGGAAUCUAUAACUGAGGACAAUGCUGAAAGUUCUCAGGAAAAGGAAGAGAAAAAUGAUAGUGAUGUUGGAAAACCUGAAUUUGAACAUGCCCCUAAUGUCUCCAUGGAUGAAUCUGUAGAGGAUCAUUCACAGGCAUUAGAUCCCUUUGAUGCUUUACUCAAAGACAAAAGUGAUUCAGGCACAACUGAGGCAGCUCCAACAACAUCACAAGCUGAAUCUUCAACAGUGGUUGAUGAUGAUGAUGAUGAUGAUGAUCAUAAUGCAGAUUUUGAAGGUGAACAUGAUGAGCACCAGCAAGAAGAUGCUUCACUUGAUGAUAGUGGCGUAACAGAGCCUGCUGACGAACCUGGAGCUGAUGAAGAGGUUUGUUUGUUGCCUGACACUGAGAGAGAAAUAUCCGAGGCUGAUAAAGCAGAAGCAGAGAAAGUACUGGCUGAGAAAAGAAGACAAGCUGAAGCCCAAGCAGUAGCAGUACCCAAGGAAGAGAAUGAAGGAGUGGACAAUGAUGAUAAAACAAGUAAAGAUGCAACAGUUAACAGUGAGGAUGCGGAUCUUGAGCAAAUGGACGUUGAUACGGCCGCUGAAGACCCAUCGCAAGAAAAUGGUAGUGGUGACAAAGAAAAUGACAUGGAAGAAUCAAUGGAGGUUGAUAAUUUAGUACCAAACACCAUUCAAGAGAUUAGUCCAAUUGAUGCUGCAUGUAUUCAAUGUAAAAACGAGCAACCCUGUUCUUACCGGUUUGUUACUAAGGACAAUAGCAGAAGUUACAUUUGCACAGAACAGUGCAUUAAAAACUUCCAAACAGAACAUCCAGGACAAUAUACAAUUACUCAUAAAAAAUAUCUAAUCGAGGAGAUAGUCUCAAAAGUUUUAGUUUGUUCGGAAUGUGAGGAAAAGAAAAUUUGUUAUUUCUAUUACAACUAUGAUGGUGAAGACACUCAUUAUUGUUCGAUGACGUGCUUAGAAAGUAUGAUGGCAGAUGAAAAGGACAAAUAUACAUUCAAGAGACGGAAAAUUGUGAUAUCAGAAAUCGACCCUGUGGAUAAUGAAUGUUUUGUAUGUAAUGAAAACAAAAAGUGUUCCUACUCUAUGAUAAGAUACGGUCUACAACAUCUAAUAUGUGAAUGUAAAUGUAUUAAAACAUUAAAUACGAGUGAAAAUUAUAGAUAUGCGGUAAAAAAUAAAAGAAAACCACGAAAUAUCAAUGCAACCACACAAGCACAAGCACAAUCAAAUCCGCCUUUGUUAAAAUUAAAAGUUAUUAGUAAUGCUACAGACAAGUAUUUAGACGAAGCUUAUAAAAUUCAGGCAAAGACCCCCGGCAUGGUACAGGCUGCUAGAGAGGAAAGGGAGCGUACAUUCAUACGCAAAUGUGUCCAUUGCACUUUAAUACUGGAUAUUGAUGAGAAAAUUGUCACUUGGGAGACCAUGGACUUUUGUGAUGAAAUUUGUUUAGGAAGAUAUCAAAAUAAAAUAGGUUCGAGGUGCGCUAAUUGCAAGAAUGUAGUCCAACACACGAGUUUAGGAAAGUAUUGCGUUAGAUUCGGAUAUGAUAUCCGACAGUUUUGUAAUUCGGGGUGCUUAGAGGAAUUUAAGAAGGGUUUAAAAAUAUGUUGUUAUUGUCAAAGAGAUAUAUCAGCAGGGCACCAAGGUUUCCUAGCUCCAGUCGGUGAUAAAGGCCAGUUUAAGGAUUUCUGCUCUCAGAACUGCAUGGAGAAGUUUGACCAGAUGAAUAAAAAUACCGCAGCGCAGCUAGUAUGGGCGAAGUGUGCCGUAUGUUCUUUAGAAAAAGCUACAUCAAUUGAAGUGGAAGUUAAUGAUACUGUGACACAACGACUCUGCUCAGAUCCAUGUUUUGCUGCAUUUAAAUUUGUCAAUAAUAUUUUUCCAGAUCAGUGUCGCUGGUGCAAAAAGUAUUUCGAACGCAAACAAAGCAAAUGCUUUACUAUCUACGACGGCAACACACCUAACUGUUUCUGUUCUAAAUCCUGUAUGAAUGUGUACAUAAGUAAUUCUCGACAUAUAGUGCCAUGUAACUGGUGCAAAGUUAAAAAGUAUAAUUUCGAUAUGAUUAGGCGUGUCCAAACCAACGGCCAGGCGGUUAUGAUGUGCUCGCUCAAUUGCUUGAAUCUCUACCAGGUGUCUGUGAACGCAGUAUCUUCUAGAAGGACGAAAUGUGACAUGUGCAAACGGACAUCUCUCGCGCAAUAUCAUUUGACCAUGUCGGAUGCCACUGUUCGAAAUUUUUGUACUUACCAGUGCGUAAUGACAUUCCAGGGUCAAUACUCUAAACAUGCACCACCACUACUGCCCGGUGAACAAAUAGACCAGGCUAAGGCUGUGCCCACGGGUGUGCCGCGGCGAACUUACUCAGCUAAUAAAAAUAACGCGAUACCGAAAGGACAACAACGGACCACCUUGCCGGUAAUUUCGAAUGUGCAGUCCUUGGCAGCACCUCCUCCGCUGAUGCCAUCGACACGUGCUAAGUCCAAACGUCUCGCACAGCCGCCCUCAGAGCCGGAACCCCCUCAAGCCCCAAAAACACCCCCUCCGCCCCCCAAACCGCCAACACCACCGCCCCCGCCGCCUCCUAAAAUUUACAAUCACGUUAUAGUGAAAACACUUCCCCCCCAAGAAGUCGCAAAUAAGGGUACUAUGUCGAAACCAAUGAUGGUCUCCAAAGGAGUGUCUUGCCGUCCCCAUCCUUGCACAAAAGAAUGUCAAACAGAUCCUAGUCUAGAGAGGCGGGUACUAAUCCCAAUUCCCGUACCUAUAUAUGUACCAGUUCCUUGUGCUAUGUGGUCAUUACCAUUCCCAGUCCCCGUGCCUAUUCCACUGCCGAUACCUACUCCUGUAUUCAUUCCGACCACCCGGAAUUCAGCCAAGGGUAUUAUGAAGGAAAUAAACAAGAUCCACGAUAAGAUGCCGACAGAUCCGUUUGAAGCAGAGCUGCUGAUGAUGGCGGAAAUGGUGGCAGGUGAUAAGAAGAAGGAUCAGAGUGAUUCAGACACGGACGACGAUAAUGAGGAAAGCUUCAGCCCAGUGGCAGGCAUGGAUGGCAAUAAUGCGUUUGGUGAAGACAUGCUGCAAAUGGCGUUGAAGAUGGCCACAGAGUAUGAAGACCAGCCUGUAGAUUUGGAGUCUGCUAUGACAGCGAAUACUAUAACGCCCAGCUCACAUCCAGGAAUGCCUGGUCUAGAAGGCGAGGGCAUGCACCACCAUCACAUGAUGGUGCUGGAGCAGCAGCGCGCGGUGGCGGCGCUGCGGGCGUCGUCGGGCGCGGCGGGCGUGGCGGGCGUGGCGGGCGUGACGGGCGUGGCGGGCGUGGCGGGCGUGGCGGGACGCAAGCGCGGCGCGGUGCCGGCGGCGGCGCGCCCCGCCAGGACCUCGAAGCGGCGCCGCGCCGAGCCCGCGCCGCCGCCGCAGCCCGACCCGCCGCGGGAGCCCGCGGAGAAGCCCGACGCUAACAUGUGCUUGAAGUACACAUUCGGAGUAAACGCAUGGAAACAAUGGGUGAUGACGAAGAACGCGGAAAUAGAGAAAAGCUCGAUACGACGGAAACCAUUCAAAUCUGAAAUACUACAACUUACGGCGGAUGAAUUAAACUACUCGCUGUGUCUGUUCGUCAAGGAAGUGCGGAAACCGAAUGGCAGCGAGUACGCGCCAGAUACGAUAUACUAUCUGGUCUUAGGUAUACAACAAUAUUUGUUCGAGAAUGGUAGGAUAGACAACAUAUUCACAGAUCCAUAUUAUGAGAAAUUUACAGACUGUUUGGACGAAGUUGCUAGAAAGUUUUCAGUUUUAUAUAAUGACUCCCAAUACAUAGUAACGCGAGUAGAAGAAGAACACCUAUGGGAGAGUAAACAGUUAGGAGCUCACUCUCCACACGUUCUGCUCUCAACCCUUAUGUUCUUCAACACUAAGCACUUCAAUUUAGUGACAGUAGAGGAACAUAUGCAGUUAUCAUUUUCACACAUAAUGAAACAUUGGAAACGGAAUCCUAACCAGCCAGGGCAGGCAAAGAUACCUGGCUCUAGGAAUGUACUUUUACGUUUUUAUCCCCCACAAUCGGCGCUAGAAGCAAACUCAAGAAAAAAGAAAGUAUAUGAGCAGCAAGAAAACGAGGAGAAUCCACUUCGUUGUCCUGUGAAAUUAUAUGAAUUUUAUAUAUCAAAAUGUCCGGAGUCGGUGCGCACUCGCAACGAUGUGUUCUACCUACAGCCGGAGAGAUCGUGCGUGCCCGACUCGCCUGUGUGGUACUCCACGCAGCCGCUCAGCCGCGCCGCACUUGCUAAGAUGCUGCACCGCGUCAAAAUGGUCAAAGAGAUCAAUAUUGCGCUGCUCACUAGCUAAGAUUUCACUGCAUCGUCUGCUGAGCAUUGGGACGCGGCGACGAAGCGGUUUCAUAUACACAAAUCUUCACAUGCCGUUCUUCAGGAAAUAUUUAGUUACUGCAUGCAAAGUGUUACGACCAUAUGUUUUGCAUAAACUCAGUAAACGCAAUGAUCGCAGUCACUUUAUUGUUGUAAAGUUUAUAACAAUGUAUAUUUUUUCUACUUUGUAUAUCAGUCUGCGUGAGGACGGCGAAAUAUUAAUUUUAAUACAUAGUCUAUAAAUAGAUGUCUUUUUUUAUAAUGUUGCAAUGUUUUAGAUUUAAGAUUUCUGUGCGGGACUGUUUAUGUAUGUACAGAUAUAUUGGUAAUUAUUUGUCAUUUAUCGCUGCUAUUUUAUUUAUAAUUUUGUCUUCAUAUAGUUAUAUUUGAGGUACGAGUUGAAAACGAUGAAUUUAUUUAAGCCCUUUUUAUCAAAGGCCUGUGUUGGUUUGGGAAAUUUUAAAUUUGUAUAUAUGUCAAACCGGCAUGUUUUUUACAGCACGGGAUACCAGUGACCUUAAUCACUUUCCUCUGUGCCAGAAAAGAUUUAUUAAUAUUAUUACAAUUGUGUAAUAUGUAUUUGAAUAUUAAAAUUAAAUACUAGAUUAGGAAAUAAGUGACAAAUUCCAUUUUUUUAGGAGAUGCACUUUUGUGUUUAUAGUAGCGUUAACUGUUCGUUUUAUAAAUCGGGAAACAAUUUAUAAUAUUCUCACAAAUAGAAAUUUUUAUUAAAAAAAUAAUAUAACUUAGUGAAAGAGUCAGAUUCGUAUUAUAUUUUAAGUAUAAUUACGUCAGCCGUAAGAAUUAGGUUAUGAUGUGU